AAGUGAAAACCUGAUUAUCUUUCUUGAAGUUUAUUUGGGGGAGGGGUCAGAAUUUCACUUGCUUCUGUAUUAUUUCACUUUUCGAAAGAAUCCGCCAGGCAAGAUUAUAAUUGCAUGGUCUUCAAAUGAGAAAUUUAGUCGAAAGAAAAUGUUGGAAGCCCAUUUAGAAAUGAUUUAAUAUUGAAGUUCCAAUAGUGUUGGUUAUAAAUUCAACCUUGACAUUUCUCAAAAUUGUGGAAAGAAGUGGUAGAGGAGAGCUGGGAGUUUAUUGGAGCUUGUAAAUUUCUCAGGAUGUUUUAUUUCCUGGAGAACCAAACCUUAGCACGCCACACCUGAGGGCGGAUUCUCCCAGGCCGGCCCAAGCAAGGGCAGGGAACCAGGGGCUUAUUACCCAGCGAAUCACAAGAGUGGACUCGGUCCUGUGCUUCGGCCGGGCUCACCUGCCUGCGUCCAGCCCCGCGCCCUGGAUCUGGGUCUGAGUCUGGAUCUUGUCCUGUGCAACAGGUCCGCGGAGGCGACCAUGGACGCCGCCGGCCGCGCCCAGGGCCACGGGGCCACGGCGAGGGGACUGCUGCUCGCAGCGGCUGCGGCCGCCAAAGGGCUCAGGGAAGACCUGAGGGGCGCGGCCGCCCUGCCUUGGAGGGGUCUGUCCCGCCUCCCGAAGCGGGAGGGGCUUGGAGAGGAGGACCCGGCAGUUGCCGGGCACGAGCUCCUACUGCCAAAUGAAAGAAGCUUUCAGAAUGCUGCUAAAAGCAAUAAUUUGGAUCUUAUGGAGAAGCUGUUUGAAAAGAAGGUUAACAUUAAUGCUGUGAACAAUAUGAACCGCACAGCCCUGCAUUUUGCAGUGGGGAGAAAUCAUUUAUCUGCAGUGGAUUUCUUGCUUAAACACAAGGCCAGGGUGGAUGUCGCUGAUAAGCACGGCUUGACAGUAAUUCACCUUGCAGCCUGGUCUGGGAGCCUUGAGAUCAUGCUCAUGCUGGUUAAAGCUGGAGCAGAUCAAAGAGCUAAGAAUCAGGAUAGAAUGAAUGCCCUCCACUUUGCCGCUCAGAGUAAUCAUGUGCACGUCGUGGAGUAUCUCAUUCAAGAACUGCACCUCAAGGACCUGAACCAGCCUGAUGAGAAAGGAAGAAAACCAUUUCUUUUGGCAGCUGAGAGGGGCCAUGUUGAAAUGAUAGAAAAACUUACCUUCCUAAACCUGCAUACUUCAGAAAAGGACAAGGAGGGAAACACUGCCCUGCACCUCGCUGCGAAGCAUGGUCACAGUCCUGCAGUGCGGGUGCUGCUAACCCAGUGGCAAGACAUAAAUGAGAUGAAUGAGAGUGGAGAAACACCAUUCUUUCUGACUGUUGAAGGAGGUCAUGAGGAGUGCAGUAAAGUGCUGCUGGCAGCAGGAAGUGACAUCAACAUUCCAAACAAACUCAAUAUCAGUAGUUUGCAGAUAGCAACCAGGAACGGCCAUGCAUCCCUUGUUAACUUUCUUCUCCGUGAGAACGUUGAUCUGCACCCGAAAGUGGAACCUAAGGAGUCCCCUCUUCAUUUAGCUGUUAUCAACAACCACAUCACAGUCGUAAACAGCUUAUUAAGUGCACAGCAUGAUAUUGACGUCUUAAAUCAGAGGCAGCAAACCCCUCUGCAUGUAGCUGCUGAUCGAGGAAAUGUGGAGCUAGUGGAAACCCUGCUGAAGGCAGGCUGUGACUUGAAGGCUGUUGACAAGCAAGGAAAGACUGCCCUGGCUGUGGCCUCCAGGAGCAACCAUAGCCUUGUGGUAGACAUGCUCAUUAAAGCAGAGAGAUACUACGCCUGGAGAGAGGAGCAUCAAGAGAGUAUCAGCGACCCAUCAACAGGCUUUACUCUGACAUUCAAGCAAGAUCAUAGUUUGGAGACUAGACAUAUUCGCACACUCCUUUGGGACCUGGCUUAUCAUCAGCUGAAGGACAAUGAGUGGCAGAGGCUGGCCCGUUCAUGGAACUUUACAGAUGACCAGAUUAGAGCAAUAGAAGAGCAGUGGUCGGGAAAUGAAAACUUCCAUGAACAUGGCCACAGGGCUCUACUUAUCUGGCUACACGGGACCCUGAUGACUCAGGCUGAUCCAGCCAAGCACCUGUAUGAAGAGUUGGUACGCGCAGGUUUUCCUAAAGUAGCUGAAAAGACUCAUCAUUUCAAAAGCAAAACUGACUCAAACUCCAAGAAAUGUGUAGUUUCAUAAAUGCCUAAAGAAAUUGUAUUUACAUGAUUUUCCACUCAGCAUUCAGUUCUUUUAAUGCCACAAAUUUCUUCCAGCAGUAGGCAGUAGCAUUGAUUUCCAGCUCUGAUGAUGGUGGUGAUAGGCUACCCCACCAGAUGAAGGAAGAGUAAUACCAUGAUACUUUUCAUCCACUGAAAAGUCAAAUAGUUGUUUUUGCUGAGGGCAAGUGGUAUAUGAUUUUCCCAUUUUUGACAUUUGAUGGAGAACACAUGUAAUAAGAUAAUCUAGGAGGGUUUUGCUGUCAUUUUUUUUUUAAACUCAUGGGAGCAACAUCAUGGUACAGCAAAAAACCAAUGGUUUUUACAAAAAUGGAUAUGGUUGUGAACUUGGUUUUGCCACUUAUUAGAUGUGAAUCUUUGAGCAUGUUAAUGUUAUUUAAGUUCUUAGAUCUUCAGUUUCCUAUAAAGUGGGACAAUUCCAAUUUUUUCACAACAAACAUGCAUUACUUUUGAAACCUGAGAGUUAGGAAAAAAUGUAAAAUCAAGUAUGAAUUUGUGUCAGUUUAUGUCACCUAUUCAUUAGAAUUUAAGACUCCAUUCUCAGAUUCUGACUCUAAAUUUACAAGGCACAUAAUAAAAUCAUGAACAAUUUCAAUCCAGUGAUUCUAUCAUGAAUUUGUAGUUUUAUGUCUGUCUCAUAAUGAUUGUAAAUGGCCGACUUAAUAUUAUGAAUGUUUAAAACAGGUAAUAGAUUCACAUGCCUCCAAAACAUUUUUCAAAAAUGUAUUGAGAAGUCUUGUCCCAUCUGUUCUUCAGUAUGGCCAGUUUCCACUGACCUCUCUGUCGCUGCUCCCACCAGAUUGGGGUAACCUCUUUAUGUGAAAAUAAACAAAUAUGAAUACAUUCUAUAACUGUGUAAAGUGUAAAGUGUUUGUUGAAUUUACAUUAACUUAGGCCAACAUUAAUUGCUUGGUGUUUUAGCAUACAUUUCUAGAGCUUAAAGCUUAAAAAGAUGUUUAUAAUAUUCUUAAUCAUGACAUUAAUAAUAUUGACUUUAGUUUGUCCAUACUGUUUUGGCUUGAAUACUGAAACCUAACUGUAGUCUAGAAUCCUCAAAAAGUGGAGCUUAAGACCAACGUUUACGUGCAACAACCUUUUAAGAAGGGUGCAUAUAGGGAAGCAGGAGUGGAGGAAAAGGGGAGUUGUCCAGGGAAGGAGAGAGAACGAGGAGGACAUAGUGAAUUACCAAAGUUGCCACCACCACUUGGUACUUGGUACAAGCAUAACUGAUUAUUUAAUCGUGGGUAUUUAUUCUGAGAGACAUGAUGUACUCAUACAUCUCAGGACAAUUCAUACAGGGGAGAAGGAAGGAAGAAUUGGUCUGUUUACCACAAUGUGGGUGUUAAUUCUGGGUUCAUGAGUGGGCUCCCCAAUGGAGCCCGUACUCUCCCAACUCAACUGGGAGUGAAUGGAGAAGCCUGGGAAGAGCACCCAUACAGAAAGGGCACGAGAUGAGGUGCAGGUGGUUUGUGUUCAUGAAAAGCUUGCUGAAGCUCAUGAGGGGUACAGCUGUUUGCAGAAUGGUAGCUGGGCCAGAACCCAGAACAAGUGUUGUGUAAAUAUCUAAUACUCUU